AUGCCUGAAACAGAGACCGACUCUGUGACACCUGCGCAGCUCUCUUAUCUCGCCAUUUACAACCCGACUCUUGGCCCCACGGACGAGACAUUAGAGGACCAGAUCGUGUUCUACACCUCGAAAUCUGGUGAUCUACAGGAAACGAAUGAUGCGACUGCCGAGGAAGAUGGCAGUAGGCCUUCUGGGAAUGACAAGAACGAGAGACUGCGCCAGAUAGGUCUGGCGCAGGGGAUGGUGAACUUUGCCAGUAACUUUUCCUCUGGCAAACCACUUGAGUACAUCGAAACUGAUAAGGCGCGGGUCGUCGUUCUCGAGCUCGAGCAAGACUGGUGGAUAGUCGCCUCUAUCGACCUUACGCGGUUACCCGUCGACCCAGCCCAGGCCUCUUCGACCGAUAAAUCAAACUCUCCUUCAUUUCAAUAUUCGUCGAGAGAGAUGGGACCUCCGCAGCUACUCAUUCAGCAAUUGCGCCGCGCACACUCCAUAUUCCUACUGCCUCACGAUUUCUCUAUGACCGAGCUCUACAAUCGUGUUGGAAGGUCCUCGUUCUGUCUUUUCCUGGAGCGGUUCUGGGAAAGGUUCACAUGGAACUGGGAACUCCUCUUGUCUGGAAACCCGAUUGUGGAUAUGUACAACGGCAUCAAACUCGCAGCAGGAGGCGAGCUGGGCAUCGGUGUUGGAGAGGAAGAGUGGGGUAGCGGUGAAAGAGAAGUCCUCGAGGACUUUAUCGCCCGAACAGACGGCCUGCUAGACUUGGUUGUCUCGAGAUUUGGUGAUUUGCCUGGGCAGGCUGAGGGGUCACCACCGGCUCCUGCAGGUGACAAUGAAAAUGCAUGGCUAGGCUCAGACGCCGAUCCUCGACCAGCUGAUGGCGUAGUCUUUUCCGGCGCUGGCGCCGUGGAUCGACGGUCUCUAGCUCGAGUUUCCCACUGGAUGGAAUGGAUCUACCGAUAUGGCGACGCGGCGUAUGGAAUCGGGCGGGAUCCGACCUCUCUUCGCCGGCGAAAGCCCCGGAGAAAGCGAGCUCGAGCUCCUAGCCAACCUGCCACACCGGAAAGAGUGCAUACCCCAGGCAUACCUCGACCACUUGUCAUGGCGAUGCCACAGCCACCUCUAGACACCCGAAAAGAGAAUAGUCAUGAAACAGGGACCGGAGACUCGCCGUCUAUCAGUGAUCAGCAGGCCGACAAGUUGGCUUUCGGAACGGACACGGUUAUGAAAUACCUUACUCUGGGAUAUGGUUCUGCAUGGAGCUUCUCCAACAAGUCAGCACCAGCGUCAUCGCCAUCUUCACCACCCCCCGAAAGCUCUCCAGCACAGCCCGGGCAGUCCACCACUGGGAAUGGAGAAAAGGGUGAACAUCCAUCGAAUGCUGUACGCUCUCCGCCGGCCUUGAAAUCCCAACUUGGUGGCUCUCGGGGCGAGACUAAAAACAACGUCCCUGGUCGUUUUGUGCUAGGGCCGCGCGAUGAUCUGGACACAUUGGAUGACAUAGAAGAGGGGAGCCCAGAGCCGGAAGUAGAUGCUGGAAGACCCAGGAGUCGGAUCGUUCAUCGAUCAAUUCAUGUCCGCUUAGCAGACUCUUCAGGCGAGUGUUUAAAGAAGCUUCAAGCAGUUAUUUAUGUGCAUCAACCCUUCAUGUUCACCUUUCUAUUCGACCCAGAUACCCCCGCUCUAUCAUCUCCAGCGCUCUACUCCAGCAUCCACCACCAAUUGGGUCCUCUUCAAAAACCUCUUCUAUCAUCAACAUCCCCUGCAACAGCCGCUUCCCGCAUCUCCACAUCCGAAGCGGCCGGCGAUCCAAACAAACGCUUCUCUACACGAAGCCAACCCGUCUACGACAUAGUAUACGACCCCUCAAAUCUGACCAUCCGCUCCUCAAUCCCCAACAUCCCCAGCCUCGGGAGUCCAACCCCUCCAAACGAAACCUCCCAAGCCCCCAGAACUCCAUCACCCUCCCCAUCCCGACCAGCAGAUACACCCACAUUGUCUCGUGUGGAGAGCAUAGCGAUCCACCAACGUCUCCUCUCCACAUAUAUCGACACCCGCCCUCGACCCCAGGAACUAGAGCGCACCUGCAAAACCAGCCGCGGGUGGUGGAUCGUCUGGAUCCGCAUUCCGACCCCUAACACACCUUCCCACCGGCCACACGCUCUCUCAUCUGCGUCUUCAUCCGCAGCACUCUCCACCUUAACAGAGGACAAUCAGAUCCCGGGCCUUGCCUCCCCAGUUCCCGAACCAAUUCCAGAGCCGCAAGAAGCAUUCAUCGUCCGCAGGGCGAGCGAUUACGUUUCCUCGUCGGGCCAUGCACGCAUGAGCAGUGGCGCGCGGUUCUUCCGUGAUCUGGGUGGUGCAUCGUCGUCCAAAUUGGCGGCUUCCCGGCCUGAGAAUACGCCUUCCAAGUUGGUGGAGGGUUUGGGGAUGGAUGCGAGGCGGUAUAUUGAGGGGCUUUUGAGCUUGAAUAGAUGA